CGCUCGGCUCAACUCGGCCCCGCUCAGCGCGGCCCGGCCCAGCCGGCACCAUGCUGGCGCUCUUCAACAAGCUGCUGGACUGGUUCCGGGCGCUGUUCUGGAAGGAGGAGAUGGAGCUGACCCUGGUGGGGCUGCAGUACUCGGGCAAGACCACCUUCGUCAACGUUAUCGCGUCAGGACAGUUCAAUGAGGACAUGAUCCCCACAGUGGGUUUCAACAUGAGGAAGAUCACCAAAGGGAAUGUUACCAUAAAGCUCUGGGACAUCGGGGGGCAGCCGCGGUUCCGCAGCAUGUGGGAGCGAUACUGCCGUGGAGUGAGUGCCAUCGUGUACAUGGUGGAUGCUGCUGACCAGGAGAAGAUAGAGGCCUCCAAGAACGAACUGCACAACCUGCUUGACAAGCCGCAGCUCCAGGGCAUCCCGGUCCUCGUCCUGGGGAACAAGCGGGACCUGCCCGGUGCCUUGGAUGAGAAGGAGCUCAUUGAGAAGAUGAACCUCUCUGCCAUCCAGGACCGAGAGAUCUGUUGCUAUUCCAUCUCCUGCAAAGAAAAGGACAACAUUGACAUCACCCUACAGUGGCUUAUCCAGCACUCGAAGUCCAGGCGAAGCUGAGGUCCCGCGGGCCUGGCUCGGAUUGGGAAGAUGCCAUUGUACAAGCCCGUGCCCCUCUCUCCUGCUCUGUCCCUCCAGCUCUCUCUCUAGAUGGGUAUUUUUAGGGGACCCCAGACUCUGCUCACAUUGGGGCAGAGUCCUUGUUUUUAUUGUAAAGGAGAUGUCUGACUGCCCUCCUCUUCCCCUCUCUUCUCCUCCCCCCUCUCUUCCUCCAUUUUGGCACUGUUCUGUUGUUGUCUGUGUA